UGGUAAAAGAUUCAGAAGUUGGUGACUUCGGCUGAGUAGGGUUUGAUUGAGAAGCUGUUGAACCUGCUCUGAGCUUUGUUCGAGAAUCAGCAGCGAAAAUGCCUUCCCACAAGACCUUCAGGAUAAAGAAGAAGCUGGCGAAGAAGAUGAGGCAGAACAGACCCAUUCCUUACUGGAUCCGAAUGAGGACCGACAACACCAUCAGGUACAACGCCAAGCGCAGGCACUGGCGCCGCACUAAACUCGGAUUUUAAACCUUUUGGUUCUUUAGAAUGUUCAGAGAGAUUUGGAAAUGUUGUAGAUUUGGUCAUGCUCACUCAAGAGGGAUCUUUCAAGAGCGUUUCCAUAACCUUUUUUUCGCUAUUGCUGUGAAACUGUGAUGUUAGUUUUUAUUUGUUGCCUUCUUUUUAUUUCACAUUUGAAUUGGUCAAUAUCUGAAUCAGAUUCUUCAACUAUGAUGAAACUGUGACUUG